AUGGAAGAGGGCGGUGAAGGACCUUUUGUCAUCACGCACGCAGACGGUGUGGAAAACCCCACAUUUGUAACGGUUCAGGCGACUGAUGGACAGGAGAUGGAGCGUCAGCCGCAGGGAUUUGAACCCGAGAAUGUGAAGGAUGAUGUUGUUGGACUCAUCCCCCUGUGCGUACGACACGCUGAAGGACCGCAAAUAAAUACCGCUGUUUUCGGUUAUGACAUAGCACAAAUGCAGAAGCGCCCAUGGGAUGAACCCACGGCAAACCUUAGGGAUUAUUUUAACUACGGUUUCAACGAGAGCAGUUGGAGGUUGUACUGCUCUAUGCAAGCUGAGGGCGAAAGUUCUCUGCUGGCCAAGGCCAACACAUUUCUGAGAAAGUUGAACACAUCAGCGAUGAAAGGCGGUGCUGACGAAGCGAUGGGUGGAGAGCCAACUCCGUAUUACAUGCCACCAACACACCCACAAGGCUCUUCCCACACUUACUAUGGUGGCCAGAGAGAUGGUUUUCACAAUUCAAGGGGCGUCUGUCAGCGUUUCUUGGAGGGUCGCUGUGGGAAGGGAGAUCAAUGCAAUUAUUCUCAUGUUUACGGCGGAAUGUGCGCACCCCCUGCGAUGCAUCACCAUCAUCAUCAUCAUCAUCACCAUCAUCAUCAUCACCACCACCGGCAGCCGCCGUAUGUUUUACCCAACUUUGGAGGAGACCCCGGCGUGCUUCCGCAUGUGGGAACGCCUGUGACUGGAGUAUUGGAUCCGAAUACACCAGCACCUCCUUAUGGAGCAGUGCCACCACCACCACCACCACAACAACAACAACAACAACAACAACACUCUGAGGACACGUAA